AACCUUACACCGAACAGUUCGGAAAACGAGCCGAAAAAAAUUCAAAAUUUUUCCGUGUGAAUAACUCCGUGUUUUCCACAUUUUCUACCGUUGCCGUUUAAUCGCUGCUGCGCCCACCAUCACCAUGAAAACCCUCGAGUCCGACGACAAACCCUUCAAUCCCUUCUACAUUGGCCCACAUCCCAGCAAGGCGUGCGCCAUUCCCGAGAUUCCCGGCCAGCAAUGCUCGCCCAACUGUCAGCCAGCUCCUACGAACGCCAAUGGUUCUCCAAUGGAUGCCACGGAUGCCAACACCUUGCCAAGCGGAGCUGCGGGCGGCAUGCUAAUCGUGGCCAACAUAUAUAGCACCGUCGAGGUCCUGGCCGCCGCCGCUCGUAUGGGCGGAGCAGCGGGCGCUGGAGCGGACCAGGGUGCGUCGUCUUCCAACAACACCACAUGCAAGCCGUAUCCCUGCAUGGAGGGCGCUCGCAGCGAUGGUCCUGGCUGUGGUUAGACCAGAGGAAGUUCACAUAGGAUCAGGAAGCUAACCCGCAACACCAAGUUGCCCCAAAUACAAUAAUAAAGCCCCACAAAACCAAUCCA